CCGUCUCCUUAGCAACGGGCAGCUGGGGCUAGCGCUGCUCCGGCAAUUUAAAAAAAAAGUCUGCUUCACCUAUUAUUGUUUUGUUCCUCUUCUUUCGCGGGCUGCAAAUUCGGCCGCAGGAGAGGAAAGGGAGGCUUCGGACGAGUGGCGAUGGCUUCGGAUUUGGAGGAGAGAGUGCGCGCGGCUUUCCUAGACAAACUGCAGAUGUUGAAAAUUCCUGAAAGAGAAGAGGACUUUUUGCCCUCUGCUUGCUGUCUGCUGGAGAAACAAAGGGAACUGGCAGAGGUGGAACAAGCUCUGUUGGCCCAGAAAGAGGAAUUCCAGUUGAAAAUGGAAGAGCUGCAGCAACGACGGAAGGAACUGGAGCUCAAAGAGGGCCAGCUCAAAAAGUCCAUUUUAAAGUUUGACAAGUUCCUGAAGGACAAUGAUGCCAAGCGGAGCCGGGCUCUGCGGAAGGCCGGCGAGGAGAAGCAACAAGCGGCCCAGAGAGUGGCGGAAGCUGAGCGCCUCAAGGAGGAAAUUGCACACCUGCUGGCCGUGAAGGACAAGCUGCAGUGGCAGCUGGAGAGACACAAGGCCUUCCCGGAGUAUCUGCAGAAGGUUCUGGAAAAGACGGAGCAGUUUCAGGGCAUCCCAGAGCUGAUUGCCCGGUUCCAGGCUCUGAUGGCCACACAGGCCACGUUGGCCCAGAGGGAGCUCGUUGGCCGGGAAGCCGUGGAGGAGGAGCGUGCCCGCCUGCAACGCUACACGGAGGAAAGCAGCAACCAGAUAUUGCAGCAAAACAACCGGGUGGCGGAACUGCAGGCGCAGCUGGAGCAAGCCCAGACCAGGGUCCUGGAACUGGAGUCUAGCUGGGUUUGCAUCCAAAACACCGCUGCCGACAAGACGUUGGAGCUUGGGCGGAUCAAGCUGGCAGCUUUGAACCUCUUCCAGAUGGUUGCAAAGCAGAGGAAGCUGCCAGCCGACGUGCCUAUGGAAGACACGGCAGCCCAACUCGAUGUGGUCAAGCUUUGUGUCAUGGACUUGAACGACAUCCUGGCCAACUUCCGCAAAGGGGAUCCCACGCCAGUCCCUCAGCCAGAACCAACACCAGCAUCUCGCUCUGAGACAGACCCCAGCCAACCACCUCGACCACCUGGGGCGAGUUUAUUAUCAUCACCAUCGAAUUUAUUACCAGCCCUUCAACCAGCAGGUCCCAGGGCAGGUCCCAGCCCUUUAAAAUUCAGAAUUAAGAAAAGUUAAAACAGGUCCCUACAGGACUAAGGUGGGCCCUGAAACCUCAGAUCUUGGGUGCCUUCGGCAUCUGCCAAAAGCUCUGCAGUGCCAGGCACCCCCAAACUGCGGCCCUCCAGAUGUUUGGGCCUACAACUCCCAUGAUCCCUAGCUAACAGAACCAGUGGUCGGGGAAGAUGGGAAUUGUAGUCCAAAACAUCUGGAGGGCCGAGGUUUUGGGAUGCCUGUGCUAGGCGCACCUUUGUGAGGGAGGGAGUUCCACAACUUAGGGGCUGCCACGGAGAAUGUGCUCAGUGGCCAUUGAAUCCUGAUGUUUUCUGGGGGUGGGGAGAACCAGGGCCGGCCCUACGGCCAGGCUGGGUGGCGCAGGGUGCCCGCCCGCCAGGGGGGCGCUGCGCAGCUGUGCCCGCCUGCCCGCUGCGGAGCUGC